GGUGGCGCCACUUUCGAGUGUUGCACGCUCUUUCUGCCACACGUGUUGCAGAGAAUUCCAUUCUCUUUUCUUAAAAGCUCGAGGUGGAGAGAGAGAGAGAGAGAGAGAGAAGGAGAGAGAUGGCCGAUAAGGCGAGCCGAGCUCUGGUGAUCUACGGCGAUGGAUUGGCGCCUCACAUCUCAUCUUCGCAUUCCAAUCUCCAUUCUCUCGCAACUCGAGCUUCAUGUGGUUUCCUCUCCCUCAGACAUUCUCCUCCUCUUUCAGAAAGCAUGAAUGCGAAGGGGAUUGGAGAAUUAGCACAACUAUUGGAUGCACAUGAUGCAUAUAUGGUGUGGAAGGGAGAGCAGGUUGACCUAGAUGCUAAUCAAGACUUCAAAAAGGAUUCAAUGGUGCAAACUAUUUCAGAGAGGUUUAUGGAAUUGAGAGCUGCUAUUUUCACGACUUGUUCUAGUGUUGAAUCUUUUGGGAGGAGUCUUGGUUUUAGUGUCUUGCGAUUUGACGAGUUGAUUAAGAAUGACACACAUGAACUUCUUGAUGCCGUUUCUACUGCCUCUGAGUUACUGAGGUUGUUAGGGUUUUCUGGAGGGGAGAUAUUAGAAAGAAGUGACUUCGAUUUAGUGUUUUUGCAUGUAGGAGAUGUUGAAAAGGCAAAAGACAUGAAAGUCGGGAUUGCUAAUUUUGAUAUUGAAUGGAUUAAUGCUUUGGUUGGUGGGAUAUUGCAAAUAGCCCAACCUGGAUCAGUAACCGCUUCUCGCUUGCACUUUUCGGUUGUAAUGAGCUUUGGGGCUGUUACCAAAGUUGAAGGCGACAGUUAUUCAACUUUGAUCUCCAAUAAUAAGACAGACUCUGAUCUUUCUUUGCUUUGCCCGCACCAAAGUUACACCAUGAAAGGGGGGAAGUUACUGAAUGAUAUGAGGCAUCAUCAUCCAAUGCUAGUUGCUCAGUGGCAGGAGGCAGUAACUCGCAGAGAUAUGGCAGGGGCAUUUUCUUUUAAAGAAUUCAAGGAGAAUGGGGGGAAUCUCACAAUACCUGCAGAUCGAUUUUUGCAUGAGGUGGCAUUCAAGCUUUGGAAGGCACCCAAAUAUGGAGCAUGAGGCUUUUUUGAGGCGGUGGCCUUACGUAGUCUUCAGCAUCGUAAAGGAUUUGGACGAUAGGCUGUGGACAUCUCCUUGAGUCUUCCAUGUCAGCGUACCCUAUCAUGUACAAUCGUGUGUACAAGAGAUAUACUCUCGCGUGCGUCAGCUAGAGUCCUCACGUCACUCGACUCUCAUCGAAUGGAGUCCUCACGUCACUCGACUCUCGCAUUGGAAAGUUGCUAGAGUCCUUACGUUACUUGGCUUUGUCAUAUGCAGUAAGUGGCUUUUUGUAGGAUUCUAGCAUUAAAUGCAUAUAGAUAUUUGCUUUGAUGCAAUUCUGGCAUUUAACGUUUGAAGAGAGACUUGCUUUAAUAGGACUAUUGCUUUUGUA